GUCGCGGGCGCAUUCAGUAGAAACACAAUGGGUCUUCUCCAGUCGUUCUUGAUGCGCUUUCAAUUGGUCUCUACUCGCGACACGCGUCUGCUCAUGCUUGGCCUCGACGCGGCGGGCAAGACGACGAUCCUCUACAAGCUCAAGCUCGGCGACGUCGUCACGACGAUUCCCACGAUCGGCUUCAACGUCGAGACGCUGGAUGUUCACGGCUUCCACUGCACGGUUUGGGACAUUGGCGGCCAAGACCGGAUCCGGUCGCUGUGGCGCCACUACUACCAGAACACGAGCGCCAUCAUCUUUGUCGUCGACGCCAACGACGUGGACCGCAUGGACGAGGCGCGUCACGAGCUUCACACACUCUUGUCCUCGGACGAGCUCGAAAACGCAGUCGUUCUCGUCUACGCCAACAAGCAAGACCUGCCGCAAGCGGUGAGCGCAGCCAACAUUACAGAGGCUCUGGGCUUGCGCUCGAUGCGUCGCCCGUGGUUUGUACAGGCGUGCUGUGCGACUUCAGGCGACGGGCUUCAUGAAGGCCUCCACUGGCUCGUCAAGGCACUUCGCAAGCCAUGAUGCAAUGACGCCCACCAAUCUCUUACUGUAUGUUUUCUACAACUGUACAACUAGCCACUUUAUAACAAAUCAACAAGCCCA